GAAGAUGGCGGGCAGGUAAACAGGGCUUGAGGGACGCGGCGGCCGGGCUUGCGGUGGUGUUGGUGUCCGCUGUCCUCGCCCCGCCGCUUCCGCAGCGGGAUCUGCUCCCUGUCCGUCCCCCGGGGCCGGCGGAGGAGCGCACCCGCACCGGUACCCGGCCAAGGGGGAGGCGAGGCGGCGGCUGUGUCCGGGGAAGGGGCGGCCGUGCCGCCCGUGGGGAGAGGCGGGAGGCGGUUGCUGCCGUAGCGCCCUUAAGCAGAGAGCAGCUGUAAGCAAGGGCGAGAUGGUGAAACUGUAAGAAAUCCUCAGCUUCUGUCUGAAUUAGCUGCUGAUGUUAUUCUCUUGGAAUGGGUAAGCUGAUGUAACUCUGGUGUCUUUGCAGUGACUCCAAGUGGCUUGGGCUUGUUUAAGCUGGGAGAUGUGGAGUGGACUGUUACCUCCAGGGCUGAAUGAAAGCGAUGUUGACUUAAGUUCUGAUGAUGGAGAUGAAUCGCAUGGUUCAUUCUCAAAGGAAGAUGGAGAAGAUGUUGAAGGAGUUCAGGUUCCUGAAUUGCAGGAGGAUGGACCUAAAAGUAAUGCCACCAGGGAACCUGUUGUGGUAUCAGUGAUACCUGAAGAAAAUGAAUCUCAGCCGUGCCCUUCUGGAGUUUCUUUACAUGUGUGGAACAAAUUUCUGGAGCUCCAGAAGAAAAGCCAUGAAAUGAAAACCCAAGCAAAACAGGAAAGCAAAGGCUGGAAAAGAAAGCGCCGCAGAAAAGGAAAACAGAAGCAGAGUGAUGAAGUGACUAAGAGCAGCCAACAGUUGGCAAAUGAAGAGAAAUGGAAAGAACUUACACAAUACUUUGGAAUCAAUGAUAGAUUUGAAUCACCUGUGAAUAGCAGGGCUCCACAAAAGUCUGGCCUUGAACUUAGCAUAGAGAAGUGUGUGGCUGAAGGUGACAUUGAUAAGGCUGAGGAGCUGAGUGAUAGAUUGGCCGCUCGUGAGCUUGGUGUGAAAAUUGCCAAAGCUGCUGCUUGCCGCAACUUUGUAAAAGCCAAGCAAGAAGCAGAGGCUGCCCAAGAAGCUCAAAAGAAAAAGAAGCUUGCUUGGGGAUUUGAAGCCAAGAAAAGGUGGGAAACAAAGAGCAACAUGGGAUACAUGUAAUCCAUCCUGUUUUCCUCAGGACUUAAAUAACUGUUUUUACUUGAAGAAUCUUUGUGGGCACUUUGUGGGCAACUUCUUAAAUCUAAACACAAAAGAAACCCAAAACCAAACCCCAGCACAUGAAAUUCCUAGCGUUUCUCUUAAUGCUGUUAGACUGCAGCAUCUUGUUUUGUCUCUCUCUUAUAAUGUAGUAAAAAUACUAUCUAAACACCAAUGCUAUGUGAAAUAUAGUAUUUUUCUCCAAAAUAAAAAAAUUCAAGAUAAGGCAUUGCAGAAUGCAUUUGGAGUCUGGUAGAGAAUUCUCUGAAGUUGGAAUAAAAUACUUGGUCCAAGUGUGGUCUGUGCUGUA